AUGUCUGCUCAGCGCGAUCCCGUCUUAAUACUCGAGUACGAGAAUGAAAGCAUCUUGGUACCUCGCCCAGAUUCAACUUGCAGCUACGAUGAACUGAGAGAGAUUGUAUCGUCGACGUUCCCUACUCUCGAGGGAAGGGAGGCAGACAUCAUUAUAGCAACGAACGAAUUCGAUUCUUGCCGCGGUGUAUGGACCAAAGUCUCUGGUCCUGCCUUGCCGAUCGUGCUACCUUUGGUGACAACCUUGAAGAUAUCGCUGGUCAAUCGCAAUGCUCAGGGUGGAUUUGCUCAGAAGAUUGCUAGUAUAUUGUUUCAACCGCGACUUCAACCUGUGGACCCUCCAACGUCCCCGGUUGUGUCCCGUUUCCCUUCAUCGUCAGCUCAAACGGGCACCCAAGAGGCUCCGUUCUUUGUUUAUGUCCGAAACGGGGGGCACUGGGUCACUAGUAUCUGCAUUGACUCCAAUGCGACAGUCGGGAAAUUGAAGGAGCAGAUACAGCAGGUGGCAGGGAGGGUGCUGGACCACGGUUUGACGUUGGAUGCCUAUGGGAUUCAGUCUGGGCAAACAAUCGACAUGGUAGACGGGUCAAUGAAAGUAGGCAAGCCCGUGAUCUACCUCUUUUCACCCGUCGAACGGGAGGCAUCGGUCAAGCUUUCCCUAGUGCCCCAAUGGCAGAUAUCUGUACUCUACCCCGUCGUUCCGGUCAAACAGAAGGUCCCUUCGGGCCAGGAGAUGGAGUGGGCUGUGCGGACGUCCCCUGACGGUACUCUGCACGAGCUAUCGACCGGUUUGAAUGUGUCGUACCUGUUCUGGGAGGGAGAGACCACAGCUGAGAUACCUCUUUCACCUCCGCCGUCUCCCAUCCUAUCCUCAGAAGACGGAGAAACGCAGAAUACCGAGAUAUUUAUUCCGAAUCAACCGCAUCUGGGAGACCAUAAUUCAGUAUUGGUAGCGACGAAUGAAGUUACUCCUUACCUUGACGCGACUCUCAAAGCGCUGGGUCUCCAUACGGAGGCGCGAACCUCUUUCAUCACGUACUGGCUCCCAUCGAUUCUGAAGCACAAGCACGUCGCCUUGAGGUUCCUUCCGCAAUACGCCUACGAAAGGGCCGCACCCCUCUGCGUAACGCCUGCGCCCGACGUUGUACUUCGUAUCUUCAUGCUCUUCAGAGGCGUGAAGGAAUGCGAUCUCGGCGAAUGGGAGAACUCAAGGCUUCGGAAGGAAGAUAAUGUUGAAUGGUGGAAGGAGGUUGUAGGCAGUGACAUUGGAAGGGCUGUGGAUUCAAGUUUGUUCCGGGUUAUCGAGUGGGGAGGGAUGGAAGUGAAGGAGUACUAGUAGGCUAGCGCUUAUUUGAGAAAGAACGACUCUGGACUACCAAAUGUUGAACGUUGAUCGAUGAUC